AUGAAUUUUUUAAGUUUUACAAACGGUGUGAAGAAUCUAUGGGACUCAUGGAAUAUCAAGGCGGUAGUUCUCUUCAGCCUGACACUCCAGGUCAUUUUGAUUCUGCUUGCUCCGUUAAGAAAACGCACGAUAAACAGAAUAUCGAUCUUGUUCAUCUGGGUAUCUUACUUGCUGGCUGACUGGGCAGCAAGCUUUGCUGUUGGACACAUCUCUAACGGUAGCAAAGACUCUAUUAAUCCCUGUGAUAAGGAAAAGUUUGUUAGUAGUGUUGGACACUACUUCUUCUCCAGUGGUAAAGCCAAAGUCACUAGUUGCGGUGGUGAUAAGCAGGGAGACGCAUUGUCCAUCAAUAAUAACAUUGACCUUUUGGCAUUUUGGGCUCCCUUCCUUUUGGUACACUUGGGUGGACCAGACACUAUAACUGCAUUUGCCCUUGAGGAUAAUGAGCUGUGGCGUAGGCACUUUUUCAGCCUCAUCGUCCAACUAGCGGCGACUGUAUACGUCUUCUGGCUCACACUCCCAAAAAACAAGCUAUGGAUCCCAACAUUGUUGAUGUUUGGGGCAGGAAUCAUCAAGUAUCUUGAGCGGACAUUUGCCUUGUUUCUUGCAAGCUUGAAUAGGUUCCGAGAAUCCAUGCUUAAAGAACCUGAUCCGGGGCCCAACUAUGCAAAGCUCAUGGAGGAAUACUCUUCAAAGAAAGAAGCUGGACUACCAACACAUAUAGAAAUGACACCAGAGCCAGGUAAAGAAUCAAAGCUUGCAGCUAAUGUGAAAGAAGGAAUAUUAACCGAUGUUGAAGUGGUGAUAUAUGCUCACCGCUACUUCAAAAUAUUCAGGGGACUCAUCGUUGACCUUAUCUUCAGCUUCCGUGAGCGCAAUGAAAGCCGAAAGUUUUUCCAGAUAAGAACUGCAGAAGAUGCGCUUAAAGUGAUAGAGUUAGAACUCAACUUCAUCUAUGAAGCUUUCUAUACCAAGGUGGUUGUGGUGCAUAGUGUGGCGGGAUACAUAUUCCGGUUUAUAUCCAUUCUUUUCGUGUUGGUGGCCUUUGGAUUCUUCUAUUCCUUGGACAAGCAUGGUUUCGUGGACAUUGAUGUCCAGGUCACCUACACUUUGCUAUAUGGUGCCAUAUUCCUGGAUCUAAUUGCUCUCAUCAUGCUCUUUUUCUCUGAUUGGACUAUUGCUUCUAUGCAUACCAAUUGGGCCGAUUGGCAAUUUGGAAAGUGCUAUAUGAAGCUUGCCGAAAAAUUUCUUCACGUAAAGAAAAUAAGGUGGAGGUGGGGUGAUGUCUCUGGAUCUGAAAAGUCAGAAGUGAGUGGAUCUGAAAAAAUAGAAAAAAAGAAGUUUAAAGUAUUGAAUACGCGACGUUUGCUUCGCAGGUGGUCUGAAUCCGUGUCAUGUUUUAAUCUGAUAGUUUAUUGCCUCAAGCAACGUCCAGCUGCAGACAAAGGGCCUUUUAAACGUUGGAUCAAUAAAAUCAUCGAUAAAUACGGUAUUAGGAACUUUGUAAAUGAAUGCUCCUGUGGAGAUCCAAUUCCAACAAAGAAACUCCCUAAAAAGCUAUGGGAAUUUAUCUUUGAUGAGUUGCUAGAGAAAUCCAAAGACGCCGCAGAUGAUGCAGAAACUACCAAGAGGAUAUGCUCAGCUAGAGGUGCUUAUGCUAUCCUAGAAGGCAUUUUCGUAAUCGAAGACCAGCAUCAAGAAACAAUAACAAAAAUAACAAAGGACUAUAUCGAAAAUGUUGCCUAUGAUGAGAGUCUUCUGUUGUGGCACGUUGCUACUGAACUCUGCUUUCAGGAAACCCAAAAAGAUGCUGGCCAUGGAGACAAAAAAGAUGGCAAUUGGUGGCAGAACGUUGCUACUAAACUGAUCUGCUGUCUAAAACCCCAAGGCGAAACGGUCCUUGAUGGAGCCAGUGUUGGAGAGAACUGUGUUUAUAGCAAGCUCCUCUCAGAUUACAUGAUAUAUCUUUUAGUGAAGCAGCCUGACAUGAUGUCAGUGGUGGCUGGAAUAGGGCAAAUAAGAUAUAGGGAUACCUGUGAAGAAACUGUAAAUUUCCUUAGCAGAAGGGGUGUAAAACACGGUCCGAAAGUUGCCUGCAAUGCCAUCCUUGGCGUGGAUACAGAAGUUAGGCCUGUUUAUGUCAAGGGAGAUAGAAGCAAAUCUGUACUGUUUGAUGCAUGUAUGCUGGCCAAAGAACUGAAAAAGCUGGGGGAUGAUAAGAAAUGGGAGAUAAUGAGCAAAGUAUGGGCGGAAAUGUUGUCAUAUGCCGCUAGUCAUUGCAGACCAGCUACCCAUGCAAAGGAAGUAAGUAAAGGUGGACAGCUUAUUUCUUUUGUUUGGUUACUCAUGGCUCAUUUUGGCCUCGGGGAGCAGUUCCAAAUUAAUGAGGGCCAUGCUAGAGCAAAACUUAUUGUGGGUAAGUAGUUGUUGUUCAAUCAGUCCUGUUCUAUCAUAUUUAUAUUGGUAGUGUUAAUUUAAUUACCUGCUGUCAGAAAUAAAUUAAUUGGAUUGUACAUACCAUUGUCGAUCGUCUGUUGUCAGUAUCGUUUCAUUAGUACGGUUGUAUUCUUCUUUGUGCCU